AUGGUUCUACCUCUUCAUGGGUUCCUCUUCCUCUUCCUCUUUUUGUUUUGUGACCAUGUGCUUCCUCUCUCUCCUGCUUCUGAAGAGUGUCCACGUUUCUUUUACUGUGGAAAUCUGGGCAAGGUUUGGUUCCCUUUCACCACUGCAGAACACAAAGACUGUGGAAUGUUGGCGUUUCAUGGUUGUGAAGACCCUAACGCUACAAAAACUGUGUACUUCUUCAGUGGAAAACAGAAGUUUCAAGUGAUGUCUAUAAACAACUUUUCUAAAAAGGUUUUAGUCCGAGACACAGAUUUACAGAAGCGUUUGGAAAAUAAUAGCUGCGAUGCCUUCUGCUGCAAUAUCACUCUUCCUCCACGCUCACCCUUGGGUCAUUUUCAGAUCCUCAAACCUAUAACCCUUUACAAAUGCAAGCUUAAAGUUAGUCCUCCAAAGCAAUUUCUGAACUAUAAAGGAUGUGCCAAGGGUAGGAAUGAGACGAUCUAUUUCAGAACUCAAGAUCAAGAUGAUCCUUCACCUUCUUUAGCAGCAUGUCCAAGGGUUAAGCUCUCAGCAAGCCGUGCUAUUUUGCUAUCUGGGGAUCCAUUUAAAUUCAUAACUCCUGAAUUCUUCCUUCGUAUUGAACUUUCUAAUGACUGUCAACGGUGUCGUGAUGGAGGAGGCUUAUGCCGAGUCAAGAGCACAGGGGAAUUUUACUGUUCCAGAUCCAAAGAUAAAAGGCGGGCUUUGAAGCUGAAAUUGCUGAUUGGUUUUGGAGUGGGAUUGGGGAUCCUUGUACUAACGUUGGCGAUCAUCUUCCGAGGCUGCAAACAGAGACAGAAACAUGUCCAACGCCGAUCAACAAAUCAAUGUACGAAUGAACCAGAUCUAGAAAAUGAUAGACUCUUCUGCGGAGUUCCAAUCUUCUCUUACAAGGAACUUCAAGAUGCUACCAACUACUUCAACCCCUCCAACAAGCUUGGAGAUGGAGGCUUCGGCUCUGUUUACUAUGGGAAGCUUCAAGAUGGGAGUGAAGUUGCAGUUAAGCAUUUAUUCCAUCACAACUACAAGCGAGUGGAACAGUUCAUGGUUGAAGUUGAGAUCCUUGCUCGUUUGCAACACAAAAACCUUGUGUCCCUCUAUGGCUGCACUUCUCGUCAAAGCUCUGAGCUCCUCCUUGUUUAUGAAUACAUCGCAAAUGGCACUCUUGCUAGUCACCUCCGUGGCCACUCUGCAAAACCUACUUUAUUGACAUGGCCUACACGUAUCAAAAUCGCAAUAGAAACUGCAAGUGCUCUAGCUUACCUUCAUGCUUCGGGCAUCAUCCACCGUGAUGUCAAAACAAACAACAUUCUCCUCAACAAUAAUUUUAGUGUUAAAGUUGCAGAUUUCGGACUUUCUAGGUUUUUCCCUGAUGACGUAUCACAUGUUUCUACAGCUCCUCAAGGAACACCAGGAUAUCUUGAUCCAGAAUACCACUUUUGCUUCAGGCUAACAAAUAAAAGCGAUGUCUAUAGCUUUGGCGUUGUACUCAUGGAAUUGAUAUCUUCAAUGCUGGCAGUGGAUAUGGGAAGGAACAAAGAUGAGAUUACGUUGGCAAAUCUAGCAAUGAGGAAGAUCCAGAGAAAUGAAUUUGAGGAGCUAAUAGACCCAUGUUUGGGGAUUGAAAAGGACAGGGAGGCAAUGAAGAAGGUGAUUGCAGUUGGAGAAUUGGCAUUUCAAUGUUUGCAGAUAAAUAAUGAGAUGAGGCCUUCCAUUGACGAGAUUUUAGAGAUUUUGAAGAAAAUUGAUGAGAGUGAUAAUGCAAGGGAAGACGAUGAUGGUGGUUGUGCUAGAAUUUCAAAGAAUAAAGCAGAAAUAUAUGCAUGACUUAUAGUGACUUCAACAAGCUUUGAUCAUGCAAUGUUGUUCGAGCCAUCAUUUUCACCAAACACUAACUGCGAAAUGGCCAAGUGAUUCUGCUAUUCCUAAUUUCAGCAUUUAAUAAUCUUUAAGCAUACCGGUUAUUCAAUGUCCAAGUUGUUUUCAUGUAUAAUUUCUUACCCCUCAAGAAGUUGGGUUGAUUCUUGAAUAUUCAUU